UAACAAACAUCACACAACGACAAGUUUUUAUACAGACAUUUAUCCCUUAAACAUCUGUACUCUUACUAUCCAUCCUUCCUCGGCACUUGCAACAUUUUAGACAUUUGCCUACCCCGUAUCCGCUACCCCCCAACCCGGAAAUCUAUUUCUGCUCAAGACACAAUGGUAUACUCCAAAGAAUCGAGCAAGUGGAAAGCGUACCAGUUCUCGGAUCCCUUUGCCACCAACUCGUUUUUGGUGUGCAACAAAACAAAUAAGAUAUUCUGCAGACCCGACUGUGAUAGUGUGGCCAAGACCGAUUUAAAAUCGGAUAUCAAGUUUGUGGACUUCUACGAAGAUGCCAUCAAGUCGGGAUACAAGCCAUGUAAGUUUUGUGAACCAGUCACCAAACCUGCCAUUGACGUGGAGUUACUCAUCAAGUGUGUUAACAACAUCAACCGGGAAAUUGGAUUUAUGAACCCCUUAAUUGAUGAAGAUGAAGAAUACAAUAAUGAAAAAAUCAAAGAGAACAUUUUGGAGUCUAAAAUCUCCAAUAAAGAACAUAUCAUGAAGGUGUUGGACCAGUCUGUGAAUUGCAGAAGAUAACAUGUACCGAUGAUAAAUGAGCAACGCCCGCUCAGUAAGGAUAUGGUACAAAGCGUGAAUCUCUCCAAGAAUGACAGCGAUCACUAUCGUCUCGUGGACUUGGCGUGCCGCCAUUUAGCCCACGCAGCUGCCACGAAUCUCUUUUUCCCCAAGAAGUACGCCGACGAGGAUGUGAGUACGGUCGGUGGUAAGAAGAAGAGAAGAAGAGGAGGGGUAUUGGGCUUUAAAGAAUUGGCCGCCAAGUCCAAGUUGUCGGCGUGGCACUUUCACCGGGUGUUCAAGUCAGUGACAGGCUUGACUCCUAAGACCUAUGGAGACAGAUGUAACGAGUUUUUGGAGAAGUUCAAGGACUCGGAAUACGUGAAUUAUUCCAAGUUCAACCAGUCAAUUACGCCGGUUUCACAACAAACAUCACUAAACAACUCAACUAUUGACAAUCACCACAUCAAGAGACAAAAGGUUUCACUGAUGGAGCCUAUGGCUGAUAACUACGGAUAUAACUACAGCCAUCACUCAAGCAGCCUCCCCAACAUGUACCAGAACGAGGCUCCAGUCGACACGAUGGUGGAUCAGUACUAUAACGCUCUUGCGCCAACUUCAGCACCCGUUCCAUCGCAGUUUGGACAGUACCAAAUGCCCGUGCAACCCCAAUUUGACUUCCAGCCACAGACGGUGUCUGACGAAGUGCAAACGCAAACAUACCCAUUCUCCAACAGGCUGUCAAUACCCGACUUGAGUAUGAGUAGUACCAGCACAUCUGCUGCUGUGGGGACUGCCAACAUCUCGCCCAUCAGCUUGGAGAUGGAUGAAGUUCAGGUACCUUCUAUUUUCAAGAAGGACUAUAAGAUUGAUAUACCUGACAUAACCGGCGACUUUGGUUCGAUGGGAAACUUGGGUCUCAUGGAUUCUGGAGCUCCUAUGGAGCCCAUUGAGUUUUUGAACCAGGUUAGUUUUGAUGAUAACGACUUUCAUGAAUUUUUAGCUUCUGUGUAAAUCCGUACAAUGAGAAUAGAUAAUGAACAGAAGACUACGGGGUAUUCGAUGUAGAAAUAAUCAAUAUAAUAUGAUGGAAUUACUGAAUAUACUGAUAGAUG